UGUCACCAACGUGACCGGCUACCACCACAGGUUCAGAGCAUCGUUGAGCUACUUGCGCCAUGCCUCAACUCGAGAUUGUUCCCCUUGACUUCAAGGUCCAGCCAACAGCGAAGGACUCGGAUACCUCCAUUCAUCUUCAAUCAUCACAAGGCGAGUACAACUUCAGCUUCGAGUCUCUGAGACCAGGACUGUUCCGCACAACUUUCACUUCCCCUAAGCACCUGCUUCCACCUCAUCGAGCUGCGCCACUACCAUCGAAAGAUCUGCAUGGUGCCAACAUACAGCAUGGAUCCUCCACAGCCACGACGAAGUCUUUCCAGGUUGAUGAAGUAACUGCAAGCAUCGACUGGACGACGGGGCCCCCACUGCUUGCUCUCGGCUUCGCUGGUCAAGAUGCUCCCAUCCACUCAGAUCUCCCUCAUCGUGCGUAUGUUGCAGAUGGCAUGGGGAUAGCGCACUACACACGAUACAACAAAGGCACGCUGCAUGUUGGUCUGGGAGAGAAGGCAGCUCCAAUGGAUCUCUCGAAUCGCCACUUCGUGUUGUCAGCAACUGACAGCUUCGGCUACGAUGUCUACCGUACGGAUCCGCUGUACAAGUUUAUCCCACUCCUCAUCAAUGCUACGCCUCAAGGUUGUGUGGGAAUCUUCUCAUCGUCCCAUGCUCGAGGCUCCUACUCGGUCGGAUCUGAGAUGGACGGCAUGUGGGGCCGCUUCAAGGUCUUCCGACAAGAGUAUGGGGGACUUGAGGAGUACAUUAUAAUGGGUGCCACUAUCAAAGACGUGGUACGCAUCUACGCCGACUUAGUAGGAUAUCCUCUGCUGGUGCCACGGUGGGCAUUUGGAUAUAUCGCUGGAGGAAUGAAGUACUCGAUGCUUGAUGAGCCGCGCGCGUCAGAUGCACUUAUAGAGUUUGCAAGCAAGAUGAAGAAGUAUGAUAUCCCUUGCAGUGGCUUUCAGAUGAGCUCAGGCUACACCGUUGCAGAGACAGAACCGAAGACGCGCAAUGUCUUUACCUGGAACCGACACCGCUUCCCUGAUCCCAAAGGCUUCAUGGACGCAUUCCACAGGGAAGGCAUACGCUUGAUCGCUAACGUCAAGCCUUACGUCCUGGCCAAUCAUCCUGAAUACCCAAAGCUGAAAGCAGCCGGCGCUCUCUUCACGGAUCCUGUCACCAAUGACUCCGCCCAAGCGCGGCUAUGGAGUGCGGGUGGUGGUGAGAGCGGCGUAGGAGGUCACAUUGACUUCACUUCAGAAGCGGGGUAUCGAUGGUGGUACGAAGGCAUUCGAGAUCUCAAGCGGGUUGGUAUCGAUUGCAUCUGGAACGAUAACAACGAGUACACUAUACCCAACGAUCAAUGGAGGUGUGCACUGACUGAGCCUUCCGUGAACCAAAAUGGUAGCAGUAAUUGUGGGCAAGAGGUGGGAUUUUGGGGACGUUCGUUGAACACCGAGCUGAUGGGGAAAAGCUCUUACGAAGCUACACUGGAAGCCGAGCCAGACCAGAGACCGUUCAUCUUGACUCGGAGCGCCACUGCCGGGACCCUCAGAUACUGCGCUAGCGCAUGGAGCGGCGAUAAUGUCACAAGCUGGGAGGGUAUGAAAGGCGCAAACGCUCUUUCUCUAGGUGCUGGCAUGUGCCUGAUGCAAUGCUAUGGCCACGACAUCGGCGGCUUCGAAGGACCACAGCCUACACCAGAGCUGCUCGUGCGCUGGUGUCAGCAAGGCAUCUACUCUUCCCGCUUCGCUAUUAACUGCUUCAAGACCUCUCCCGAGAACAACAGUGUCGGCGACGUCAUCGAGCCAUGGAUGUACGAAGAAACGACAUCGCUUGUCCGCGACAUCAUCAAGCGUCGAUACGAACUUAUCCCCUAUUUGUACUCGCUCGCUUUGGAUAGCCAUCUCACCGCGACACCACCACAACGCUGGGUUGGCUGGGGCUACGAGCAGGACGUUGAACUCUGGACCAACAGGGUUUUGACUGAUGGCGAAACGCAGUACUGGCUCGGCGACUCACUGCUCGUGGGUGGUGUCUUCGAACCUGGUGCUUCGACUGCGAAGGUGUACCUUCCCAAGAAUCCAUCGGAUCCUGAGCUCCAGUUCCUGGAUCUCAAUAACGCUCAUCAAACAUAUUACAAUGCCGGCCAGUGGAUUGAGGUCUCCGCCAAAUGGAACAAGAGCAUCCCCGUUCUUGCGAAAGUCGGCACUGCUAUCCCUGUCGGUCGUCCGGAGCAGACGCUCUGUGUGGGCGAGAAGUCGAAUCCUGCGAGUUUACCGCUUGACGACUAUCGCGCUGUCGAAAUCUUUCCGCCAAAAGGCUCGUCGAAUGGAAAGGUGUUCACGACGAAGUGGUAUGAAGAUGAUGGUAUCAGUCCACCGCCCGCGAGCAUCUCGACAUUCGAGCUUCGAUAUGCGACUACUGAGGACGCAGUGGAAGUUGAGUUGGAGAAGAAGCUGCAGCCAGGUUUUGAGCCAGCAUGGAAGGAUUUGGUGUUAAUAUUGCCGGCCGGUGACAAGCGGGCAGUAAAGUUGAAUGGGCAGUCUGCUGAAUACAUCAAGACGGAUGGUAAGGGUCGUGCGCAUUCUCAGGGUAGUUCGAGGGCGCCGAAGGAGAAAACGAAGAUAUAGACACUGUAAUUGGGGCGAGUGUACGAGUUGCAAUGCCGAAGCGCCAGGCUGCAUCAAGCCGGCAAAGGAGCCAUUAUAUAAUGUCAAUCUGAUA